AUGACUACCAAAGAAGCGACAUUCCGGAACUAUACCCAAGCACAGGGUGAAUCCUACGCCACCGGGCGCCCUGGCUAUUCUCCAGAGCUCUUCGAAAUCAUCCUCAACCAUCACACCUCUACUGGCGGCCGCCUUGAUACCGUACUAGACGUCGGCUGCGGGACUGAUCAAGCUACAAGGGACCUAGCUCCCUUUUUCAGAAAUGCCAUCGGCAUAGAUCCAUCGGAGGGCAUGAUCACCUCUGCGCGCGAGACCAUCAAGCCAUCGGCUUUGUCUAUACGUUUCGAAGUAUCAGCUGCUGAAGCCCUGCGCAUUGAUCUGGAACCGCCCAUCGCCAAUGACAGCGUUGACCUUCUGACUGCUGCCACGGCGGCUCGAUGGUUCGAUAUGACGCAAUUCUGGCGUAGCGCUGCGCGAGUUGUGAAGGCUGGAGGUACUGUUGCUCUCUGGGCGAGAACUGGCAUGUCUGUGGACCCAGCCAAGACACUCAAUGGCGCUGCUAUCAAAGCUGCGGUAGAGGAAAUACUCAACAGCGAACUACAUCAGUAUUACAAGCAAGGGAACACACUGACGCGCGAUCUCUACGUCGAUUUACCACUACCUUGGACGAUCGAAACUCCUGUGACAGGGUUUGACAAAAGCGGUUUCAUCCGAAAGGAGUGGAGCCAUAACACAGAAAGCUCGGAAACCGAGGAUCUCUGCACUGGGAAAACUCUGACACCUGAGGAGUUUGAGAAGCUGAGAGGCACAAGCAGUCCGGUGGCAAGGUGGAGGGAAGCGAACCCCAACAAGGCUGGGACAGAAGAGGAUGUAGCUCGCAAGGUACGAAGGCGAAUCGAGAGUCUUUUGCAUGAAGUAGGCGUCGAGUCUGGUGAGGAGUUGUUGAGAGGUCGGACGGAGCUUGUGCUUCUCAUGGUUAAGAAGAAGGGAGAAGAAAGAACUUAG